AUGAAUCCCCAGGCUCACCCACCAACUCCAUUAGCUGUUUCAGCUCCAUCAUUAAUGUUAUCUGAUAGUGCUGGCAUUAUAUUAACCACCGGUGUUGUGUUGUUUGGUGAUCGGUAUGGUGCCCUUUUUGCCGCUGCAUUUGAUACCACUUUGGUGGCCAAUCAUGUUACUUGUCUCGCUAUACUUACCUUUCGGCGAUCUGAUGAUGGUCUCGUCGGAGGAUCGACGCGCGUUCUCUUUUCCACUCGUACCCUUGUACCACUAUCUUGCUCUUCCUCUUCUUACUAG